AUGAAAACCGAAUCAAAUGAGAUUUACGGACAGAAAAUGAGCAUGGAAGGAGAUUGGAUGUGUGCUGCAUGCCAACACUUAAAUUUCAAGAAACGGGAUGCCUGCCAACGAUGUAGCUGUCCUAAAUAUGCAACAACAACCGAUGUUUACAUGUAUGGACUAAACAAAACAGAAGUCCUAGCUGGAGACUGGUAUUGCAGUGCCAUGAACUGCGGUACACACAACUACGCAAGCAGAACAAGCUGUUAUAGAUGUGGUGCCUUAAAAAAUAAUUAUUAUGGCAUCGGGACGGGAAUGACAGCAUCAACAGGUUAUGGAUAUGAUGCAAGUGCUUGUCCUGGUUGGAAGAGUGGUGAUUGGAUUUGCAGCAGAUUAGGAUGUGGUAUGCACAACUAUGCCAGUAGAGCAGAAUGUUAUAAAUGCAAGAUGCCUAGGGAUUUUGGAGAUGAACUGAGAGAAAAUGAAUUAUAUUGAGGGACAAGACGACAUUAUGUUUUUAUUGAAGAUUUACUUGGAACUCAUAACCAUCUGUUUAUUUUUUUCCUUCCGCAUUCCGUUUAUUUUCUAUUUUCUUGUUUCUUUAGAUCAGUUUCUCAA